CAGGCAGGCGGUUGUAAUGUCGCCCUCCAGCAUCGAGGGGGUGUUGCCUUGAAGUAGCCCAGCUGAACGGAUGGCAGCAGGUUGAAGACAGAUUAUUCCUGCACCGUUUGAGAUGAUGAUGAUGAUGAUGGCGACCACUGAGAAUGAAGAACAGCGAAGCCUGGAGCUCAGUGGCCAUGUGGGGUUCGACAGUCUUCCCUGUCAGCUGGUCAACAAAUUAGUUGCUCGUGGAUUUUGCUUCAACAUCCUCUGUGUUGGUGAGACCGGAAUCGGCAAGUCGACUCUGAUGAGCACCCUUUUCGGUAGAACGUUUGAGAACGAAGAAGCCAGUCAUUAUGAGGAGGAAGUACGGCUGCGCUCUCAGACGUACGACCUGCAGGAGAACACCGUCAAACUCAAGCUGACCAUCGUUCACACCGCAGGGUUCGGAGACCAGAUCAACAACGAGGAAAGCUACAAACCCAUUCUGGACCACAUUGAUGCCCAGUUUGAGAAGUAUCUUGAAGAAGAGCUAAAAAUCAAACGUUCCCUCUUUAACUACGACGACCCCAGAAUCCACGUGUGCCUGUACUUUAUUUCUCCCAACGGGCAUUCCCUGAAGGCCCUCGACCUCAUCACGAUGAAGAAGCUGGAGAGCAAGGUGAAUCUCAUACCUGUGAUAGGGAAGGCUGACAUUAUAUCUAAGAACGACCUGAAGAACCUGAAGAGGAACAUAAUGAAUGAGCUGCUCAGCUAUGGGGUGCAGAUUUACCAGUUUCCUACGGAGGAUGAGGAUGUUGCAGAGAUCAACUCCUCUAUAAACAACUGUUUCCCCUUCGCUGUGGUCGGAAGCACCGACGAUGUUAAAAUAGGAAACCGGAUGGUAAAAGGAAGGAUGUACCCCUGGGGAGCGGUGCAGGUGGAGAACGAGGAUCACUGUGAUUUAGUGAAGCUGAGAGAGAUGUUGCUGCGUGUUAAUAUGGAGGAUCUCCGGGAGCAAACGCACUCUCGUCACUACGAGCUGUUCCGUCGCUGCAAGCUGGAAGAGAUGGGCUUCAAGGACACGGACCCUGACAGCCAGUCGUUCAGCCUCCAGGAGACGUAUGAAGCCAAAAGAAAGGAGUUAAUCAGAGAGCUGCAGCACAAGGAGGAGUCCAUGAGACAGAUGUUUGUCAACAAAGUGAAAGAAACUGAGGCAGAACUGAAAGAAAAGGAAAAAGAGCUCCAAGAGAGGUUCGAGCAGCUUAAGCGCUUGCAUCACGAAGAGAAGAAGAGUCUGGAGGAGAAGAGGCGAGAGCUGGAGGAGGAGAUGAACGCCUUCAACCGGAGGAAGGUGGCUGCUGACACGCUGAUGGGACAAGCCCUGCAAGGAUGCUCACAGCAGCCGCUCAAAAAGGAUAAAGACAAGAAGAACUUCUUUAGCCUUCCAUCUGCCUGCUCCUUAACCUCAGGACGGAAUUUGAAUUAGAAGACUUUCUGCCGCACGAAGCCAUCAGACUAACUAUCAGGUGUUUCAUUUUUACAAUGUUCAAUCCAGAUUUUAUGGAUAUGAAACAUUCUUGGGGGUUUCUGAAGUCUUCCAUGUCUGCAAAGCGUUGCUCUUUAAUCUUUCUGUAGCAUGCUCUCUGCAUGGCUCCUGCAUUCCAGCAAGUAUUAAUGACAUUCCUUUGCCAAAAUGUGUUAGUACUAAAUGUGAGUUUACAAUGUCAUGCCUGUAAACUAUCACUGUGAAAAUACAGUAUUAACCUCAUGUUCUAUCACUGUUAAAAUAUGUACUUUUUGUAGUCAUAUAAUAUUUUAAAGCACUUUAAAUCAGUAGAAAUACUGUCUUGCAUCAUAUUUCCAACAAUGGUGUCUUGUCAUUCUGAAAUUUCUAUCCUUAUAAUAUUUCCUAAAGAUGUAGAUAGAAAUAUUUACCUGUUUAAACUACAGAAAUGAUAUAUUCUGUUAUGUGAAAAUGACUGGAUGUAUAUAGACACUCUGUUAUGGGACAGUGGAAGCCCACUUGCAGAUUAUGAACCCUGAUGUAAUAAAGAGUCAGUUUGUUGAAUAAUG